GCAUGGGAAGCUGCUUCAGUCCUCCUCCCCUCCCUCCCCAGUUGUCGAUCCCUUCGCCCAUGCUCGCCUCAGUAUACAGAACCGCCACUGCAAAGUCAGUCAAGUCCCUCGUCCCACAGCUCGGCAGCACUUCCUCCGUCGCUGCUCACAACCUUGUCUCCCGCCGCUUCAAGUCGGGCGAUGCUGUGGAGGAAGAGGAGCCUCGUCCCCAAUUCGACACCCUGAUGUCCAUUAUCACAGGAUCGAUCAACGCACAAACGGCAGGAUCAGUUGCUACCGACCAGGCUAGACUCUCUCGUGGAAACUUCAGGAAAGGAGAUAUCUACAAACCCUCGGAUCUGAACGACUCCAAGACAAUCACAUAUGCCCGCCCUCCCAAGCCUGUGGAUGAGCUCAAAAUCCUGAAGGUGAACCCGGUUGUCGAGUACAAGAAUGCCACGCUUCUGUCACACUACAUCACACCAUUGGGACGACUUAUGUCGCGGGAACAAACAGGACUCUCAGCCAAGAACCAGCGCCGGGUCGCAAAGGCCGUGCGCCGUGCUCGUGCCAUGUGCAUCAUCAGCCCUACAGCUAAGCUGCACUAAGACCAAGAGAAGGAAAAGUUCAUCGAGGCGUCAUAUUUCAUAUCUAGAAAUAUUGUAAAACGAAUAAAAAAGAUCAGACAUUGCAUG